GUCUUUGUGAUUUUCCCCUGCCGCACUUUUUAAUCAUCCAAUAAGAUGCAUGCGUGGCUGGUGGUGGCGUGUGCGGCGGUGCUGGUGGCGUUAGCGACAGCUCAAAAACCAGGAAGGUUUCUAUCCCUUCCUAAUCCUCAAAAAUGCGCCAACAGACCAAAGGAAUUCUUCUACCGUGGACACAAUUACUUCUACAGUGGGCACGUUCCUGAGCUAGCUAACAGGAAGGUGGACUGGUUAGACGGCCGCAACAUCUGCCGCGAGUACUGCAUGGACCUGGUCUCAAUGGAGACACAGGAAGAAAAUAAUCUAAUCUUCAAACUUAUCCAGCAAAACGACGUUCCAUACAUCUGGACCUCUGGCCGUCUUUGCGAUUUCAAAGGAUGCGAAUCCCGUAAGGACCUCGAGCCUAAGAACAUCUUAGGAUGGUUCUGGUCUGCUAAUCGUGAAAAGAUUGGAUCCACUAACCAGAUUCCCAACGGCUGGGGCUACAACCCAUGGUCUCAAACUGGUCACAAGAAGCAGCGUCAACCCGACAACGCCGAAUUCGACAUCAACGGAACCACAGAGUCCUGCCUUUCUAUCCUCAACAACGUUUACAACGAUGGUAUUGCGUGGCACGAUGUCGCCUGCUACCACGAGAAACCUGUUGUAUGCGAGGAUUCCGAAGAGCUCUUGAACUACGUGGCCAGUACUAACCCCGGCCUACGUCUGUGAUUGAACCCAGUUUAAACAUAAGCUUAUAUCUGUUCAUUUACACCUGAAUUACUUCAACGAUGAUACGAUAAAGCUACAUUUUCUUUUUUUUUAUUUCUGGUAUCUGGUAUCUUAUGAUGUAAACACUUGGUACAGUAGUUACAAUUUGAAGGAAUUUGACUAAAACACCGAUUCAAUUGUAGAUAAAUGGUAUUACUUUUAGUAACCCUUUAUUUUGAAGUCGAACUUC